UUUUUUAAGAGCGUGGUCUGUAUUGUCACUCUCCAGGAUUGAUGAGCUACUGUGAGAAGUUUUCUUAAUGAGAAAUUACUUUCUAAGGAUUCUUCUGUGGAAGAAGCAUGUUGUGGUGAGUUUACAGUUAACGUAAUUUCCAGGGAACUAACUUGAAAGCGAUACAAUAUUCUGUUAAUUUUGGAUGAACUAUUAUGAAUAUAACAUUACUUAUCUUAUUAAAGGAAACCAUUGUAGAUAGUCUAAAUGCUUUAGCAACAAUGACAUUUGAGUCUUAAAUCUUCAGUGCUGCUGGGACUCCCCUCAGGUUUUUGUAGAUGCAAACAUCCAGGAAUGCAGGAGCAGGUAGGUAGAUGAUGGUUUUCCAACUUUGAAGAUUGAUGUGUAGCAUUGUUGGUGGAUAGAAAGUGUGUUUGUUUUUUUUUAUAGCACGGCAGGCUCCUGAUCAUGGCUUCCCCCAUGAUCUUCCUGCCUUUAUGAUCCUCAGAAACCCAGUUAGUGGUAACCUUGACAAUAUGGCAUGGCACAGUUACUUUUUUUUGUGCUUAUUUUAUUGGAACAGAAAAUGAUCUUGUGUGUAUCCACUGAAACUGUACUGGAAAGCAAAUGCUACCCCUGGGGCUGUUGAGGUUUGUUUCACGUUUUGCCCUUGCAGUCGUAAGGUUCUGCAGAAUGAAUGGAGCCGUACUGAGGAAUCCCCUGCUUCCUCGUUGGGUGACUAAAGAGGUUGCAGCCCCCAGCCGGUUGCUCUGAGCUCCUGCCAGAGGUCACAUCGCUUCUCGGGUGCUUUAUUUUGCAGUCUGUCACGCCGGUUUAAAUCCCUUGAGUGUUAGAUCUCACCUAUAUUAAAAGGGCAGGCUGUGAACCGGGGGGUGGGUCUGCGUACCCACCCGCUGUACCACGGCCGGCAGAGGGGCGGGAGGGCUGCGGCUGCAGCCUUCCUCCUUUCCACGGGUUGAAGCGCUGGAUCGUGUGAAGUCCUCAUAACCUGAGACUGAGCACAAAGUUACACUCUUGCUGUGCCGGGAAGAAACGUCUCUGGUUCAGCUGCCUGUUGCUGGUAAGGAAAAAUAUUUUGGCAAAGGCAAAGCACUUCCUCAGGCGGGUUCUGCCCGCGCUGUGGGUCCAGCCAGUCAUGCGCUUGAAGGCAAGUUGGCAGCAGAAAGCGAGAAUGGGCUUCAUGGUAGCAUGGGAAGGGAGAAAAGGCAGUGGCUGGCAGGGUGGCAGCACUGUGGGUGCUUGCUUCCCCCGGGCCGUGUGGCGGGCGGCCAGCACCCAUAGGUGCUCAGCCUCACCCUUGCAGCCCUUGCCCUGCUUGUCCUGAGCAGCAGAAGCCACGACACUGUACUUCAGUCUUAAAGUAUAUUAUUAAAAGGGCUAUGAAUAGAGUUGUGCUCAGUCGUAUCUAUUAAAUGUAUUAAAUGCACCGUUCUUGUGCAGCAAUGAGAAUCAAGGUGUAUGUUGCAGGAGGAAAGUCCUCGCUGAUGAGCUGCAGUGUCACUGUGAGUUUUAAUGUCUAUUUCUCCUCCUGCUCUUUUUUUUUUUUUUUUUAAAUCCUUUUUGACCAACAAACUAAUGCUGAAGAGCAGAGUGCAGCCGAACCUCAGCAUCGCCAUGCUGAUGACGCACAGGCACUGUGACAUCAUACCUUCCCAGCUGGGUGUGGCAGCCCUCGUCGGUGGCGCCGGAGGGAGGCUGGGACCAGGAGAGAGCAAGUGCCAAAGGGAAUGGAGGAGGAGGAGGAGAGGGGUGGAAGAAGUGUCCUGUAAACCUUUUCUUGAACACGAAUGGCUUUUGUGGCGCAUCGGGGGGUGCUUUGGUGGGUUUUAUCUUUAAAAAAGGGAAUUCACAGCAUGGGUUUGAAUUCACGUCAUUGUUCGCUAGUUGGCUGCCCCCCAUCCCCCAGCUGUGCCUUCUGCCUAAAGGUGCGGAGGGGGGAGUAAAGGAUUUGGUUGCUGCAAGUGGUAAAUACCUCCUUUAAGUUAAAGGAGCACUUGGGAAGGGGAGCAGGAGGAGGGUUAUUGGUGGCGUGGCAAGGGAUGAGCAGCUGCAAUCACGCCCUGGGUGUUAGGUGCUUCACGCUGGGGCGGGGUAGAUGCUCAGCUGAGGGCUUCUGCUUGUACAGAUGAGAAACCAUAAGCCAACUUGAGUGGGCAAUGAUGCAGUCUUCAAACAUCAGGCUGGUUGUUCCAUACGGCCUCAAGUCCCUGCUUGAGGGGGUGAGCCGGGCUGCCAUGCAAAACAACCCGGACGACAUCACUGAGUUUCUUGCGCUCUAUUUCCAAGAUCUCGUCACCUUUCGAAAAGGGAAUCCAAAUCUGGAUAUAACAGAACUGGUUGAAAAGUUUGAGCUUGUUAAUGGUGCUCAUGUAUUGCCAUUGUGUGCUUUUUACCUUGCAGGAAAUGGGAAUGAGAGAUUGGAAGAGAAGACAUUAGAGUACACGGAUACUUUGUUUUCUCGGGAGCCCAAGCAGAGGGACAAGUGUACUGACACAGAGGAAGACCAGCUCCUUGAAGAACCUGAUAUUCAGUAUAGCUCCAGAGUAACUCAAUACCCAUCAGUUGCCAGUUCCAUUGUAGAGAGCAAGUUCCCCCCUGGAUCUGAUGGAGCUUCAUCCCCUGAGGGAUCUGAACUGCUGUAUGUCCCUGCUGAGCCUGCCCAGCUUGCUGCCCAUGUGCUAGGUAAUGGUAGCUCUCUUUAUUGUGUGAGGGAUGUGGCAACCAGUGUGCAGACACUUUAUGAAGACUCUCAGAUCUCAGAGAAUGAGUUUACACCAGUAGAAGGUGGUGAUGAAGAUGAUUCUGCUGUCCCAGCAGCUGAGGCUUCUGUAGUGGCUCCUAGGUCACAACCAGGAGCGUGGAGUCCAUCCUCCAUAGCUAGAGAACUGGGUCCCUCAGACAGCCAGGCUGGUGUCUCAACAGAUGGUGUAAAUCAAGCUUCCUUGGUCACCUUGUGGGAAGAACCAUCACUUUUUUCACCACCACCAUCACCUGCUCCUAAGGAUCCGUUGCAGGCUGUGCCUUCCUGCAAGGAAGCUGAGGUUACCUCAACCACUGAGGCUGUAUCACUGGUUUGGAAUGAGGAGCUGAUUGCGGAUGCAGAGGUUCCACCUUAUGUAGAGCAGUUUCCACAGAAAAUAACCAUUCCCUUUGUAGACCAAACAGCUUAUCUGUUAAGGAUUGAGCUGCCAUUAAACGCAGGCCAGGGCUCAAGUGCUACAGCCUUAGAUGCAUCUGCUGGUGACUUAGUGUGCCAUCCUGAGAGAGCGGAACCUACAGCAGAAGUGGAGUCCACUGAGCAAGUGUAUGUCUUGUCAGGUAAGAAAAUUUGGGUCUUUGUCAUCUUCCUGUUGCAGCUCCACAGCUUCAUCAGUGGUCAUUAAAUGGAAAAGCACCUAUGUCAGUGCAA